CAACGCUUCAAGAACGAUACUCCGGAGAUCCGUAAGAUCAUCGACGAGCUACUUUGCCACAUCCCUACCUUCCAUGCACACGCUCAUCGAGACAUGUGCCAGGUGGUUUACGGUUUUCCCUACAGCGAAGGGUCUGGUCAUCAACACGGAGAACACGUUGAACCACCCUGGAGCGAGUUGAAUCUCGCUGGAAGAGUACUACGUGAGAUGGCUGCAGGACCUCGUGAAGAUGCGCUCAACGAUCUUUUGAACUACUGGAAUCGUCGUAAAUUGGAAGACUUCGGUGAGUAG